AGUGGCAGCUCUGGCGGCGACCGUCGGAACUACGUCGCCAGCUCCCUGGGCCGGGUUUUCUGGACAAUGACGUCACGGGCCAGGCACGUGUCUGUGCCGCUACCUGGGCUACCUCACGGCCUCCACCACCACGGCUCAUCGCCCCCACCACCACGGCUUGUCCCCCUACCACCCGGGUUUGUCGAAAAACCCGUCUCACAGCCGCGACUGUGGUGCCAUCUCUCGGUUGCUUUGCGGGGCGAAUCAUGCCCAGCUCUGUGCUCUACUCUGUGUGUACCCUGUCCCUGUCGCUGUUUCUUCCCAAUUUAACAUCGCUCCAGCAACAUAUCGCUCUAAUUAUUUGCAAGCCAAGCUUGUACAUAACUACGUGUUCUGCCCUCUGGAAUUAAAUGAUCGCGAUGCUGGCGCAGUUCGUAUCCCGCUCCCUUUGGGCUUUGAACCCGAAGCGUAACGCUUCCAGCAAGAGCUGAGGUUGGACUUUCCUGCACAUCUUUUAUCGAGAUCUUGCCUUUACCAUGAGUGACAACAACAUUAAGUACCUCCUGGAACUGUCGAAGCGUCCAGGAAAUAACUCUUGUGCAGAUUGUGGCAGUAAAAAUCCGGAAUAUGCAUCUUAUAACAUUGGCAUAUUUGUGUGUGCACGUUGUGCUAACAUCCAUCGUUGCAUGGGUGCCCAUAUUUCCAAAGUGAAGCAUUUGACAGUUGAUCGAUGGGAGGACAGUCAAGUUCAACGUAUGAAAGAUGUUGGAAAUUUGGCAGCUAAAAUGAAAUAUGAAGAAAGAGUCCCUCCUUGUUACCGAAUUCCAGAUGAAAAUGAGAACCAGGUUUUACUAGAGCAAUGGAUAUUUUCUAAGUACCAUCGUGAAGAAUUUAUGCAUCCUGAACGUCAGUCAUACAGCUCAGGAUAUAUGGAAGGCUUUCUUAUGAAAAGAGGUAAAGAAGAUAGCAAAUACUUGCCCAGAAAAUUUGUUCUCAGAGAAGCUGAUGAUACUCUUAAAUAUUAUAUAAAGGAGACAAAAGAACCCAAAGCCGUUUUAAGGAUAUCAGAGCUGAAUGUAGCAUUUGCCCCUAGCAAGAUUGGUAACUCUAAUUCUUUACAAAUCACAUUUUUGAAGGAUGGCUCUACAAGACAUAUAUAUGUUUACCAUGACGAUCCAGAGACUGUUGUGAAUUGGUACAUGGCUAUUCGCAGUGCAAAGUUUAACCGACUUCAUGUAGCAUACCCAUCUGCCAAUGAAUCAGAGCUUGUAAAGAGGUUAACUCAAGAUUUUGCAAGAGAGGGUUGGCUGUGGAAGACAGGACCACGUAACAGUGAUGGUUACAAAAAGCGAUGGUUCACUCUCGACAAUAGAAAACUUAUGUACCAUGAUGAGCCAUUGGAUGCAUACCCCAAGGGAGAAAUAUUUUUGGGCAACAUGAUGGAUGGUUAUGGAAUAAGGGUUGGUGUUUCCCCUAAGUCGAAGGACCAAGGGUAUUCAUUUACCCUGCGCACACCAGAUAGAUCAUUUCAUUUGUCAGCUGAAACUGAAGAGGAAAGAGAUGAAUGGAUUCAAGUAAUAGAUCAAGUUCUUGAAAGACCUCUAACGCCACAGGACAAUGCAAUUGCUGCUCGCCUGGUGCGGAAACGAAAUGCUAACAGUAGUAUCAAUAUCUUUUCUGCGAGAUAGAAAAUGAUUUUACAUGUAUUCAACCAAAUAAGAAUUUAGCCUUAGUAAGUAAUAGCAUAUUCUUAUUCGUAAUUAUUUUGCAUUCAAAUUUGAAAGAAAAAAGGAAAAAGAAACAGUUUUCUCAGUGUUGCCAAACUAUGCUUGCUCCUCUCUCCCUUAGCUGUCAUAAUUUACAGCUGUACUGAAGUCUUGAGUUUAGAGCAUUCCUUGCUUUUGUUCUCCACCCAUUUCUGAAUUGUGGAAGCUGUGGUAACUAUUUUCUGCAUUUUAUGAUUGACAUGGCAUAUCAUUUGGAGACAGAAAGCCAAUGUCUGUUGUUGGAGAUGGAGGCAAGCAAUACUAUGGUUGUGCAAAUUAAUGUUAGGUUUCCUUGAUCAAACGUAACCACUUAUUAACUGUUGGUUAGUGUUUAAUACUUAUGGUAACUUGCUUUAAAAGCAGCCUUUAAAAUUGCAUUUAAUGUGAUACACUUUUGUGAUGAAAUGUCUCUUUUGUGCAGAAUCUUGUUGAAAAUGAGGUAGAUUCCCUGAUUUUAGUUCAUCUAGCAAAAUGUACAUGUUCUCAUUUUUUGUGAAGUACAGUAUGUGACAGUUUGCGUUGUGCUUUUGUCACAUUUUUUAAGUUCCUCUGUAGUAAUAACAACUACGCUAUUUUAAUGUUUGGAAAGUAAUAUUACCCUUUGUUUGGCAUAUUCCGAUUUUAGGAUUAGCUACAAAAUGUACCAAAACUUUUAAUGUCACGGUUUUGUUCAGCAAGACUUAAAGGUGCAUUUUCUGUUUGUUCCUGAAAUUUGAAGUCCGUGCUUAGGUGAAUGAUUUCAUCUGAGCGUUCAUAGUGCUCCUGCUUAUGAAAUCGCUACUGUUGAUUGAAAUAUUAAUGAAACAUCCAAAUGCUAUAUGGAAAUAUUUUUUAUCUUAAGCAUUGUUUGGAUUGUCAAUUUAUUUUUGUGAAUGCUGAAUGCAUAUUUUCUUGGGCUUUGUUUUUUAACUCGUGUUAGUUCCAUGCUGCGAAGUCUUGUCAAACCUGUUUAUCAAACUUUCUUGUGUAUUUUAUUUUGUGUGAUGUUAUCAGCCUGCUCCUUCAGUCUGACAAUUGGAAAGAAGCUUGACAUGAUCCUUUCACGUCCCCAGCCACCAUAUCUAUGGGGGUAGGGAGCAGAUUGAAGUAUAUGUUCUUCAGUUAAUGAACCUGCUUGAUUGCUUUUUACUUCCAUUUCAAAACAAAUUAUGAAAAGACGUUUAAAUUUCUUAAUUUUCAACAGACUUGAUAUUUCUUGGUAAGGUUUGAAAAUUUCUUACUGAGCCAAUCACAUAAUUUUAAGAAUGGUUCUGCUAGCUUCUUUUCAGUGUCAACAGACUAUAAUUCAAACACCUAUUGUGACCCUUAUUGCCUUGCAGACAUCCAACUUGUAGUGCUUGAUGAAUCAAUGAUUGGCUCACUCUGUAAUUUUGGUAUCAGCAUAUCCUGCUAACAUGAUGAUCCUGAUGAUUACUCAGUGAAAAAUAAUGUUAUUUAAUUUGUUCUUCUUGUGUGAAUCAUCAUUUUAUCAUUAGUUUUAAAAAGAAUGUUCACUAAAAUUAAAAUUUGGCAAAUGAAUUCACUUUGAUGUUUUGACAUCAAAUUUUAUGACUAGUGAUUUUACUUUAUUUAUUAAGUUUGUGAGUGAGAUUUUCCCCUAGUAUUUAUCAGGAUUAUUGUUGUUUUGAUUUGUUUUUGUAUCGAUGUACUGUAUCUAAUUCAAUUGAUUUAUGUUAUUGAGUUCAAAUGUGAUGAGAUGGUUAAUGCUUUGUAGUAGCAUUUAUUUCUGGCUCUCAUUCAGGUAUAGCAUUUGUUUAGUUCUUGUCCUGAGGCUGGGGCAGAUUUCUUUAACAUGGUUACAGUAAUGUUAAACUUUGUUGACCUGUCUAUAGUUUAAUUCAACGCCCGAGAUGUUGUCAGGUUUCAAUUUAACUCCUGCUUUCCUUGCUUCCUCCCUCUCUUUCCCUCUUAUAUUUUGGUUUAACUAUGUCAUAUUUGUGCAUUUUUCAUCUAAAUGUAAAUGAGGGUCCAGAUUUAGCAAUACAUAUGUAAGCAGUAGUUGAGCUGUUGUUGACAUUGAUGAUUUGUUUUGAUUUUGUUCAUAAGAAAUGAAACUAUACUAAUCUCUUUAACCAUUAAAUGAUUACCUACCUGCCCAUAUUUGUCAUGAAGGCAUCUUAAACAUAUUUAAAGUAUUGUAUUUUACCUUAUGCAAAAAAAAGCAUGUUGUUUUCAUGGCAGGAGGAGGGAUCUUGAAACUCCAUAGUUGGUUUGAUUUCGUUGCUUGCCUCACUGAGAGUUGUAUAUUCUUGCCACUUACUCCAAAUUUAACUUGUGACCUGAAAAUCCACCUUCUUGCCAUCACUGUGGUACAAGUAUGAAUUUCUGUUUACUAUGCCUGUGGUAGAUAUUACAAGAGUAAAUGAAGGAUGUAUUCACUUUUGGCAGCUUGUAAUUGUGCCUUCAGAACUUCGGUACUCAUAACCUAUCUUGUUUUAUUUCAUAUUCUCCCUGGUCUUUAUAAAUAAAUUACGCCUAGAGAAAGGA